CUGUAUUUACGUUCAGUUUUCGCCAGUAGCUGCAGUUUGGAAUCGAUGACGCCGGCUCUGGUCCCUGGGAUGCAACUGACUGUGGUCGAAGGAGAAUCUGUUUGAACCGUGAGCUGGUGGCUCUUUAAUCCUGGGCUCUUUAAGGGUAGCACUAUGCCCCCUCCGGACCGUCACCCAGCCGCCCUGGGCUCCCGGCUGCAAGGGACAGGUCGAGGAGGUGAAGGUCUCCAGUCCCGACUUCCAUGAGAGACACAGAGAGUCAAACGCAUCGAGUGCUACAAGGUCAUUUAUCAACCUUAGAUCCUGACAACUACGACAAUAAACAGAUUUAAAGUUCAGCCCCCCAUGAUCCAUCAGCACCUGCAGGGACCUGUCGUUCAUCAAGGUGAUAAACGUGAGCCGGUGUUUCCUGGUGAACCGGGUGCAGGACUACAUCCAGAGCAAGAUCUAGUAUUACCUGAUGAACAUCCACAUGCACUCUCACUCCAUCUAUCUGUGCCGCCACCGAGAGAGCAACCACAAUGUGGAGGGCCGCAUCGGGGGGACUCCGAGCUUUCUCCUCGAGGGAAACACUUCGCCCACGCCCUGAGAGGCUUCAUCGAGGAGCACCAACUGUUGGAUUUGAAGGUUUGGACGAGUCAACUGAGGAGAACCAUCCAGACGGCCGAGGAGCUUGGGGUUCCUUAUGAACAGUGGAAGAUUCUCAACGAGAUCGAUGCUGGUGUGCGUGAGGAGAUGAGCUAUGAGACGAUCGAGAACACUUUCCCAGAGGAGUUUGCUUUGAGAGACCAGGACAAGUAUCACUAUCGCUACCAGGGAGGAGAGUCCUACCAGGAUCUCGUUCAGCGACUGGAGCCGGUCAUCAUGGAGCUGGAGCGACAGGGCAACGUGCUGGUCGUCUGCCACCAGGCCGUGAUGAGAUGUUUGUUGGCGUACUUCCUGGAUAAAAGUGCAGAAGAUCUGCCGUACAUGAAGUGUCCGCUCCACACUGUGCUCAAACUCACACCUGUGGCAUAUGGUUGCAAAGUGGAACUGUUUUAUCUAAACGUGGAGGCAGUGAUCACACAUCGAGACCGGCCCCUUGUAAAUUCCCCUCAUUCAAGCUGAAAAAUCACAUUUCUUACAUGAAUGUGAUUUCACCAUUGUUGACUGAAAGCCACAGACGUUGUCACAUGUGUAAAGUAUGUGUGUGUUGUUUACUCUCAUAAAAUAAUUUAACAACAAACCACAACAAUUAAUCUAGAUUCUAUCGGGCUCCUGUCUGUUGUAUCCACUAGUUUAAUGCUUGUUUGUGAUGCCUUUCUUCUUUAACUCCCUCUUUUUAAUCCCUGUACCUUGAAUCUUGAACCUGACUGCAGCUCAGUUUAUUAAAUGAAAUGUUUUAUAUGUUAUGGACUGAAGCCCUGGCUGAUCAUGCUGCCCUGCUGGGCUGAAAUAAUCAUUAUUACCUUAGCUGUGGUUAUGGAUGAAUGAAAAGCUGUAUUUGAGCUCUUUUGAAAUAUUUUAGAGGUUUGCACUGUUAAAUGACGAGAAGGUGUGUGAGGGUUGUGCUUUACUUCUUCUAUCCCUAAAAGGAAACAUCUUCAGGGUCAUAAUAUGAAUUUGUGUUUUGAUUUGAAAAGGUUUACUUGCUCUAAUCAUCAGAAAACACAUCACUUUCUUCAGACUGUCUUUUGCUGCAGCUCCUCUGCUGCUUCAGGAGCAAGAGGAGUGAAAGAGUUAUAGCCCCCCCCCCCCUUCUAAUAUGUCUCUGUCAACUUCAAUCAGUCACCUCCCAUCACAGUUGUGUGUUGGGCAUCCGUCUCCCCUCAGUCUUGUACACUCUCGAUGAUUUUGUCUCCUUGUUGACAUAGGACUCGUCUCUGUGUCUCUGUCACGUGUCGGGUCUUGAAGGAAAGUUCUCUUUCUUGAAUGUUUCUUGGUUGACUGAUGUUUGUCUUGCAUGACCUUUGCUUCACCACUGGUCUGUUUCCAGUGUGAAUAUGCAGAACAGCAUGUCUCUUUGUGAGAAACACUCCCGAUGAGUUGAGCCUCUGCUGAAAUAAAAUGUAUUUAAAACAUAAUGUGGAGUAGAGGUGGUUUAAGAGUAGUAAUCACUUCAGAGGCCUCUUCUAUAAGACAAUCAUUUAUAGCAGCAUACAUUUUUUUUAUCUUAAAUUUUCGAUUUACACUCUUUUCUAGAGAAACAAUCCUUUGUUACUGGAAUACAUUUGAGAGCAUUUAUCUGCAAUUGGAAAUUAAUAUA